GGUUGUGUCACUAGGGCUUAUCGAGGAUUGGUUCACUCUCAGUCCUCUACUACCCCAGCCAUGGCGAAGCAGAACAAAGGCCGACGCUCGCCGCCUUCCGGGUCCGUUUCGGGCUCAUCCUCUCGUUCUAGGUCCCGUUCCCGAUCUGUGUCCUCCUCUCGGUCUCGAUCGUUGUCGCGCUCUAGGUCCCGCUCCAAAUCCUUUUCCAGCUCGUCCACCUCUCCUUCUCGGAGUUUCAGCUCUCUUAGCCGCAGCCCUCCUCCUCAACGCAAAAGUCCUGAUGUUCCUAAGCGAGGUCGCUCCCCACCCCCACCAUCUAAGAAAUCUCCGCCCCCAAGGAAAGUCUCUCCCACUAGUGAAUCUCUUGUUCUUCACAUUGACUCGCUCAGCAGGAAUGUGAAUGAAGGACAUUUGAAAGAAAUAUUCAGCAACUUCGGUGAAGUUGUUUAUGUGGAGCUGGCAAUGGACCGCAAUGUUAAUCUUCCAAGAGGAUAUGGUUAUGUUGAGUUCAAAUCUAGAGCAGAUGCAGAGAAGGCCCUAUUGCACAUGGAUGGAGCCCAAAUUGAUGGGAAUGUUGUUCGAGCAAAGUUCACCUUACCUCCGCGGCAGAAGCUCUCCCCAUUGCCAAAAGCCGUUGCUAGUGCUCCAAAAAGAGAUGCAACAAAAACCGAUGCCGAUAUUGAGAAAGAUGUGCCAGAACGGCAGAGAGAAUCAGCAUCGCCUCAGAGAAAACCUUUACCUUCACCUAGAAGAAGAUCUCCUGUAGCUCGAAGAGGAGGAUCUCCGAAACGGCACCCUGAUUCUCCUCCACGACGGCAUACCAAAUCUCCAGGUCGUCGUCGUGUAGAGUCCCCUUAUCGCCGUGGUGAGGCACCUCCUAGGCGCAGACCUGCAUCACCACCAAGGGGUCGUUCUCCGUCUCCUCUGAGGCGGCAAAGAUCACCUCCAAGGCCCUCUCUCCGUAGGGUACGUGGCAGUCCCAUUCGUAGACGUUCGCCUCCACCCCAACGCCGUUCGCCUCCUAGAAGGGCCCGGAGUCCACCUAGAAGGUCACCAUUCAGUCGUAGGCGUAGCCGUUCUCCAAUUCGUAGGCCUCUUCGCUCGCGUUCAAGAUCUAUCUCACCUCGGAGAGGCCGAGGACCACCUAUGAGACGCAGGAGAUCUUCUUCGUAUUCUGGAUCUCCUAGUCCAAGCAAGGUAACCCGGAGAAUCUCAAGGAGUCGCAGUCCUAGAAGGCCUAUGAGAGGAAGGAGUAGUAGCAAGAGCAGCAGCAGUACGUCGCCGCCUCGUAAGCCAUAGGUAAUUUCUGCUGAUGUCCUUGUCCCCUCUGCCCCGAUUCUUUCUUCUACCACCCCCCAUUUUGUGUUUGCGUGUGUGUGGGUGAAACUCAUCUCUCUCGACAGUAUCAAUGCAUUGGAGAAAAACUAUGGUGGAACUUAGCAUCUCUGUAUCAAGUGUUGCUUUUAGGUGGUAGUUUUAGGAACAUUUGUCCGUAUUUCCUGUGUUAUGUUUGAUGGUGGCUGUAUGAUUUAGACCUUGUAUUUUCUCAUUAAUUCUGGAAAUUGCUUAAAUCGCUACUUGGUGCAUAUCUUGGCUCAUUUUGGCAAUGUUUUUA